UCCGGAAGUGGGGGUCUACGUUUCUCGGCUUUAUCCCGUCGACGCGAGCAGGGGCCGCCGUCUAACAAUCCGGUACCAGUGUGUGAACCUGUUCGGUCUCUCUGUCCGGUCUCCGGUUUAUUUAACGGACAGCCUGAACCGCCCGUCGCUGUAAACCGGCUCCUCUUCCUCCCCCAGAUCCCCCGUUGGAGCUAAAAAAUGGCGGACCACGGUCUCAGCAGCCUGUUGCCUUAACUCACUCAGUCCCGCCUGAGCACCAUGUAAGCAACGCAGACAGCGAGCUAAUCCGAGGGUAAGAGCGCAGCGGGUCCAGAACCAGCGGGGUUGCUGGUAGCAGCAGAGAGGCAGGGUGGCUGCGCUGUCAGCCUCCAGCUGGAGAGGCAGACUGAUGGAGAGCGACUGUCGGAUCCCGGUGGCUUGCUGUCGACCUCGAGCCCUCCUCAUCCACGCGCUGUUCUGGGGUCUCGUCUCGCUCAGAGUGUUUGGAGCAGCUCUGCUGAGUGAGGAGAAGACAACAGCAAUGAAGCCUGCUGUCGCCCCCUGCUGGCUGCUGGAGAACUUCGUGGUGUUGGAGGAAUGCAAUCGCUGCAGCGACUUCAACGCCAAGACGCAGCCGGCCUGCAGACAGACGGGAUACGUGGAGAGAGUGAACUGCACCAAGACCAGCAAAGAGGAGUAUAAGAGCUGCCGCUCCGCCCUGAUGGAGGAACACCUCUUCUGGAAGUUUGAGGCGGCCAUGUUGGCUCUGACGGUCGUCUUCGCCGUUCUGGUGGUGAUCCGUCAGCGCUGGCUGGAUCGCCUUGCCUCUGAAAAGGUCCGCCGACAGAUCGAAUCCAUCUAGGAAGAGGAUCUCGUUGGGUUUUUAAGUCCCGUGGCAGUAUUUUAAAAUGGAUUCCACGCUGCUCAGUCAGGAUGUUUUCAGUGGAGCUCCCCCCCCCCCCCACCAUCUGUGAAGUUUUCCUCUUCACCAGCGACUGUUUCUCUGCCGAACGAGCAGGAAGAAAAGAAAAAAAAAACUCCAACCAGGAUGGUGAAAAGUCCUAAACCAUGAUGCAAACGGUAGAAUAUAUUUUAGUGUACAGAGUUUAUAGAGAUCAGGGAAGGACUAGUUCUGGAUCUGAGGAUAAAAAAAACAGAACUUGGACCGAGUGAGGCUCAAACUGAAAAGAAGUGAAACUGACUUGUCACAGAAACAGCAGCUGAGACUUUAUCUAAACAAGCGGCAUCGUGCUAAAGUGUCACAGACGGAGGAAGCGGCAGCUGUUUCUAAACUACUUCAGCUUCACUCCCUGCACAGGUUUGAGCGUUAGAUCCACGGUGUGGUCGGGUCUUUCUUUACAUCCGUGUUGGAUGGUGUGGUUGUAUUUCUGGCUCCAGGGCAGCCUGGAAUAGUCCUGGAUUUGACUUCAGUAUUUUCCAGGUCUGGAUAAGUAGGGAAACAGAAGAGUAUGGAGACGUGUUUGUAUUCUCAGACCUUAUUCUCUGCCCCUUUUUGUCCUUAUGUCCUUCCUUAUUUUUCUUGUACCCUUCCUUCCUUGUGUCCUUUAAUCCUUCUUUCUUUGUGUCCCCCUUCCUUCACUAAUUAAUUUUUCCUUCCUCUCUCCCUCCCUGUCAUUUUCUUCCUGCCUAAUGUGUUUAAAAUAAUCAGGAAAGUGUGGAAAUAUCUAAGUUUUACAGGAUCGGUGCGUAAUGAUUGAAAUGCGUCUCCGUCGAACGUCACCGGCUAUUCUUCACCCGAUUGGUUCACAUCUCCUCUGGCCGAGCUCUGAUUGGUCGCUCCUUCACACUAAAAGAAGUAAAUCCAGAACAGAC